AUGGAAGCCGUGCGUCUGUUGGCGGUAGCGGCGGAACUGCAGAAGACCAUCCACGUGUACUCGUACUUGGCCGACGUGCCGUUCAUUGUCCGACCACCACCUGGAUACCCUCCAUCAUCAGAAGUGACAAAGAUCAUCCACCGCACAGACGGGCACUUUGCCAAAGCCAAAUCAGCCUGGCGGCGUGAAAAGAUCCUGGCCACACUCAAGAACUUUUUCCUUCGAGCUGGGAAGGGCAAAGUCAUCAUCAAAGGUGUUCUUGGAGCCCUUGGAUUGACCCUUUUCAUUGUCCUGACAGCAUUGCUGCUCACAUAUGGCAGUCCCGGCACCUGUUCAGACAUCAGACUCGAAAAUACCAACGACACGAUGGAGUACAGUGAGGCAUACAAGAACUACGCGCACUGCCUUGCCACACGAAGCCGAUCGCUGUCCGCCUUGAGCACAAACUUUGGAAUUCUGGGAGUGGUUAUGGCCAUCAUGUUAUCCCUCAUCCAACAUCGAAGGGGCCACAGUCUCAUCAGAUCGGGAUGGCUGCUGGCGUGCUGGGUUAUCCUGUGUUGUGUUGUCAUUACAUUCACGGUCGCAUGGAGCGUCGUGCUGAGAGUUGCGUUCCCGGAGUGCCCAGACGUACAUCUAUACCCCAGCAAGAUGGACGCUGACUACAUCGAGGAUCUGGUGACUUGUCGAGAGGCUCGCACGGAGUUCUUUGCGACAUUGGCCGAUGGCAUCACAGCAACAAUCGCAAUCUUUGCGGUGAGCGUGGCCUUGGACAAUGGUGGUGCCGAGGACUGA